CCAGAUCGCCCCCCUCCCCUCCUUCUUUAUCCGUCUUCGAGUAGAGUGGCAAACAUUGAUCCUAAAACUGAGCCAUUCUGGUACGGUGCCAAAUCUUACCAAGCAAAUUCUUGGUCAUUGAGUCAAGCCAAUCCGGAUUCAUUGACUGAAUUAGUGAAUUUGCAAGCUUGUGAAGUUUGCUCAUUUGCUUAUCGGCUUUGUUUGACGAUUGAUUUGUUUAUUAUACACUUUGUUUGUGAUUGCUAAUGGCUAGUAUCUAACUUAAUAGCUGAUUUAACUAGGUUUGUUGGUAGUGCUACUACAUUUAUAAAUUGAUCAGGGCCAAGAAAAUUUUAUCAUUGGUUAAUCUCUGCGUACCAAACAAGGCUGUUAAAUUGCUAACUUAUUAGCCUGGCAUAAGGAUUGGGCUUGUAAAAAUAACAUAUUUUCUUUGCCUUACUCAUCUGGCUCCUUUUUGUCAACCUGAAAAUAGGCUAAAUCACAGAUGAAAAAAUCUUACCAAAUAAAUAGUCUUAGGCAAUCUUUGCAGCUUUUAUUAAUAAAAACAUGCUGCUUUUUUUAUAUUUUUAUUUACGUAUUUAUUUAUUGUGGUUUCACAGUUUUCUACUACUAAAUAAUAACCCCAUAUUUAGGAACCCUUUCCCCCUUCUUUUCUCCUUACCACAUAAAAAAAAAAAAAUGUGUGUAAAACUUUGCAUAUCCUACCCAGAAAAAAUUCACCCCUUGUUCGUCAUUUGGGGUCAUUCUUUGUUUCUCCUUAUUUCCCCCCACAGGUAAAGAAAUUAUACCCAUUUAAUUCAAAACUCGAAAAGAGGAAAAAAAUAAAAAAAAAUUCCCCUACAGUACUAGGUAAAAGAUAAAUAGUCAAGGAGAAAUUGAAAUGGCUGUAAGUAAUGUUCUCCUAGGAUGCCUAAACACCAUAACCUUGUGCAUUUCAUUACCCAUCCUCUUGGCUGGGUAUUUGGUAAAGAUGACAGCCAAUUCCCCUUGUGAUCCCAUAAUGUACAAGCCUCUCCUUGCGUUGGGCUUUUGCUUGCUCAUUAUCUCUCUCAUCGGACUGUUAGGCUCGUGCUGUCGAAUAACCCUCUUCUUGUGGUUGUAUGUGGCCGCGUUGUUCAUUGUAAUCAUCGGGUUGUUAGCGUGUUUAACUGUUGGAAGUGCGGUCAUUAAGGGAGGUGGAAAUGGGGAGGAUGUUCUUGGGGGUAAUGUUAAGGAAUAUGAGCUUCAAACUUUCUCAAGCUGGUUGAAGAAUAAUUUGGUCGGUGGUAGUCAUUGGGAGGAUAUUAAGUCGUGCAUGAUUCACCAUGAUGCUUGUGGUAAGAUUGGUGCUUUUAGGUCCAUCAUGGAUUUUGUCACUAUGAAGCGCUCUAAGCUUACAACUGUUGAGACAGGAUGUUGCAAACCUCCGGCACAUUGUGGAUUUGUGUAUGAAAGUGCAACAAUUUGGAAUGUUCCAGUAACUGGGUUGAGCUCACAAGAUCAAGAUUGCAAAACCUGGAACAAUGAAUAUGAUAGGUUGUGCUAUAAUUGUGGAUCAUGCAAAGCUGGAUAUUUAGCUUUAUUCAUGAAGGGAUGGAGGAGAAUUACCAUUGUCAAUGCAGUCCUUCUUGUUGUCUUGUUUAUUGUUUUCAUCAUUGCUUGUUGCGCUCUUAGAGAUUAGAACUCGACCCAUCCACUAGCUCAUUUACCUAUAACAUCAACAGGGGGGGGGGGGGGAUUUGGUUUGAAAACGUAGUCAAAAGGAAUCUAAUACUUGUAAAAUCUUGAUUUUUCUCGUGCAAAGCUUGAACACAUUAGUCUUGUUAAUAGAUACUUCGAUAUCUUGUAGUCUCUUCGGUUCUUUUUUUUUUAAGGGAAAGAUUAGUGCAUUAAUUAAUCAAGGGACAAUUUGUCCAUGUUGUUACAUCUCUA